AUGGCAUCGAAUGUCGUACCACUUCAAAGCCCAUCAACUUUAAACACUCCCGUGUCUGGUACUCCAGAAGUACCGAAUUUCGCACCAGAUAAUCGAAUUGUGAUUCUUUUAGAUGAAUUACAGCAUCCUUUACAAAUACAUAAUUAUCCUAAUGUGGGUACUAGCAAUUCUGCUGCGAGCAAAGUUGAGCCAAUUAAAGAUAUUAAUCUUACUCUUAAAACACCCGUUGAAAAUAAUAAAGUUGCAAAUACACCAACCUCUACUCCUGUAAAACGAAUAUGCAAACCUGGUGAUAUUAUACGAAUGAAUAGCUGCAGUGAGAAUGUAAUACUAAACAAAAAAUCCUAUACUGUUUCAAAAUCAAAUGCAAAAAAAAUAGUUAAAGAAAAGGCUGUAAAUUUAAACAAGAAGAAGAUAGAAAAGUUAACAAACAAAAUAAAAGAUCCUAAAGUACAACAUGAAGCAGACGCACAAUUUCCCAGUUCAAACAAUCCAUUCUCUAUAACAAAAAAUGUAGUCCACAUAGAAGCCGAUGAGUACGAUGACUCUGAAUCCAGAAAAUUAAUAAGUAAUCAAGUACCGAAAAACAAACAACUGAUUGUGCAAUCAAAUGCCAACGUUAAAUCAAAUAUUAACAACUUAACGGAAUAUGUGCCUAUUAAAAAAGUAACAAAUAUAAAUAAACCUAUGACUUUCAAUAACACUUUAGAAGGCCCUGCUACAAACAUUCAAAAAUUAUCUUUUACACCGUCAUUCAAAAAGAGCUUGCCUAAAACAGGUUUAUGGAAAAGAAAAUGUAUCGUUGCGAAUUUAAGCACUGCCUCAAAAACAAAUAGUGUUAUUAUAAAUUCUGUUGAUCCCACAGAUACAGUGUCCGAUAACACGAGGAACCUUGUGGACAAAGUUACUGCGAAUAAAAGUGAAAACAAAAAUACCUCAAAAGGUUAUGUAGUGAUCUUAUCUGGUUCGGCAAAAGACCUCAAGAUUGUUCGGACUGGAGAAAAGUCUUCGAAUUUAUCGAUUUCGGUGGAUUUGACGGGUGCUUCUUCCAGUAGCAGUAAUGACUUCAGAGCGACAGUGGACACCAAAGCGAGUGACACUAAGAAAAGACAGAAGACGACCGUAACGUCGAAAAUAGCUAAAAAAAUAAAACAGGAGUCAUUCAAAAUACUGACGCUGAAAGACUUUGACAUCGACGAUAACGACGAUUUUGUUGACCUCGGCUAA